AUGCCUACUUCCACCUUCCUCCUCAACGACGGUACGCGCAUUCCGGUCCUUGGCUUCGGGACUGGCACUGCCUUGAUGAGGCAAGAGGCCGCCAACCCGACGAAGCUCGCCCUCGAAGAGGGCUUCGUGCACUUUGACACCGCGCAAAUGUACGGCAAUGAAGACGUUCUGGGUGGUGUGCUCGCCGAGUGUGGAAAGCCCCGUGCGGAGCUCUACGUUACGACCAAGAUCGCGGAACUCAAAGAGAGAGAGACGAUCAAGAGUUCCCUGCAGGGGUCUCUCAAAAGGCUGAGGCUUGACUAUGUUGACUUGCUCCUACUUCACGCCCCGUACUAUUUCCAAGGCCGAUUGAAGGAGGCAUGGAAAGAAAUGGAGGAGGUACAGGAGGAGGGACUCACGAGAUCUAUCGGUGUCUCCAACUUCGACGUUGAGGACUUCGAGCAAUUUUUGCCAGAGGCUCGAGUCAAACCCGCAGUCAACCAAAUCGAGUUCCAUCCUUAUAUCCUCGGGCCCUUUGAGUCUGUGUUCCAGUAUACGAACUCGCACGGUAUUAUUACCGAGUCGUAUGGAGCGCUGGCACCCGUUACUCGGGAGCAAGGCGGGCCUCUGGACCCGAUCUUGGAGAAGAUUCGCAGUCGAGCUGGGGAAGUCUGGUGUAAGCCUGUCACCCCCGCACAAGUCCUCUUUAAGUGGCUCCUGCAGAAGGGUGUCGUGGUUGUAACCACCUCGUCGAAGAAGGAACGCAUGAGGGAAUAUUUAGACGUCCUCGACAUGCCAGACCUGACUCCCGCAGAAAUUGAGGAGAUCGAUGCAGCGGGAAAGACUAAGCAGCCAGACCCUGCUUUGCCUCUGGGAAGGUACAAGAGAUAUCUGGACAUGGUGGUGAAGAGGUCCAAGGGAGACGCAUGA